GCGACCUCUUGUGGAGCGGUCGCCGUGAGCGGCCGCCGACUUCUGCUGCCGCCGCAUGUUCGCAUGGCGCAGGCAAAGAUCAGUGCCAAGGCCAACGAGGGCCGCUUCUGCCGCUCCUCGUCCAUGGCGGACCGCUCGGGCCGUCUGCUGGAGAGCCUGGACCAGCUGGAGCUCAGGGUGGAAGCUUUGAGAGAAGCAGCAACUGCUGUGGAGCAAGAGAAAGAGAUCCUCCUGGAAAUGAUCCACAGCAUCCAGAACAGCCAGGACAUGCGGCAGAUCAGUGACGGAGAAAGAGAAGAAUUAAAUCUGACUGCAAACCGUUUGAUGGGACGAACCCUCACUGUUGAAGUUUCAGUAGAAACGAUUCGAAACCCUCAGCAGCAAGAAUCCCUAAAGCACGCCACGAGGAUUAUAGAUGAGGUGGUCAAUAAGUUUCUGGAUGACUUGGGAAGUGCAAAAAAUCAUUUGAUGUCUCUCUACAGUGCAUGUUCUUCUGAAGUGCCUCCUGGGCCAGUUGACCAGAAGUUUCAGUCCAUAGUAAUUGGCUGCGCUCUUGAAGAUCAGAAGAAAAUUAAGAGAAGAUUAGAGACUCUGCUUAGGAAUAUUGAAAACUCUGACAAGUCCAUCAAGCUAUUAGAGCAUUCGAAAGGUGGUAACAAGACUCUGCAACAAAGCACUGAAAGCAGAUUUAAUUAAUCUUCAAACCUAAGGGCACUGUUGACAAAAUAAUACUUUAAGUGAUCUGUUAGGCAGAGUCCCUUAUUUGAUGUUGGUGGUUGUUUCAGAUGAGGAAAUAUUUCACUGUUAACAGUUUAACAGUGACAAUUAAAACUAGAAGUUUUUAAUUAUAUAGAAGCUUUUCGAUUGAAUUCUUGUUCUAGAAUCUAGCACCACGUAUUUUACUGUCUGGAUGAAUGCAGUAUGUGGGGAGAAGUAGUGCUCAGUUGGGGGCAAAAGCAUCACUGCUAUGUCCUGGACUUGAGUGUGGGAACACAGGCACUUGUGGCAUUUAGACGACUAAAAUUUCCUUACGACAAGCAGCAUGCGCGCGCACACACACACACAUGCAGUCACACACGCGGUCACACACACACACCCACUGUACUUGGAAGGAUAAAGGGAAACCAAACAUUUUUCUGCAUGCUGUCAUUCAAGUUUUUAGGCUCUGUAUUAAACUAUUUUGAAUGUAUGGGCUUACAAAUCUCAUUAAGUGAAUAUAUUUUUAUAUAUGUGGAAACAUGACAAAAUUAAUCACCUUGAA